AUGGCAGCAACGGUGCCAACACCAGUAAAGGGAAAACAUUUGAAAACCUUGUUACCGUCGAAGUUCCGUUAUUAUGAUAAAUUUAAGGACGAAAUAGAUAGCUGCUAUCACCUGAACAAUAGUAAUUUUGCAGAAAGCAUAAAAGAUACAUUAAACGGCGAAACUCAUGUAAAGGGUUAUGGAGAUAGUACAGUAGAAGCUUGGUGUUAUGCGAUAAUGAAUCAGACGCCGGGUCAAUUUUACAGUUCUCCUUGUCAUUUUUUAUAUUAUUGGAUAGGAGAAAAGGUACUUACCGCUAAAGGAAGUACUUUAUGGAAGGAUAUCAUGGAGACCAUUUACAAUGAACUCAAGAAUCCCCCUAAAGGAAAUAAUUGUGAAAAGAUAUACGAGGAUAUUGACGAAGGAACUUUCCGCCAUAUGAAAAACGUAUACGAGUACAGGGAGAAUUAUCAAACUAUAAAACAGCAAUUGGAGGGUCAUCUUGAUUCCUGUGAUUCGGACCUUGCCAGUUAUUUGGGUGACAUUCAUACAUCUUACCAAGCUUUAAAAGCAGAAUGUCCUGAUGAUAAGGACAAUGGCAAACAGUAUUGUACAGACUUUAAGCAGCUGUUUGAUGACGCCAAAUAUAAGACACUAUUAGAACAGAAAUGUCAGGUAGUGUCCGACGACGGGGGUACACCACAUCAGGAGAGUACGAGUACUUUUCCAACGGGGGAACAUCAAAGAGUUAAUAAGGAAUCUUCAGCUUAUAGGCACACUCAAGUUCUUCAUUCUACCCCCAAAAAGAAACUGAAUUUGAAGAAAUUACCGUCAUAUACAGACUUCUACAAUAAAUUCAAUGAUCCUGCUCAGAGCAAAUGUGAGUAUAAAGAUGUUAAGUCUGGAGGUUGGGGGAAUAAAUUAAAGGAGAAAAUAGAAGGGUUCCAGGGACUUCAAGCUAUGGGGAAUCUGGUCGCGAAGGCUUAUUGUUAUGCAUGUAAAAAGAAGAAGGACUACAUGCUCGAAGGUAAACUAGAGCUUAAAGAUGCUCCUUGUCAAUUCUUUUAUCAUUGGAUGGGAAAAGAAGUCCUCCAGAAGAACUAUGGGCAUACAUUAUCAAACGUAUUGGAGGAUAUUUAUAAUAUCCUGGGAGAUGUUACUGGCGGGCACAAAUGUGACAUUAAUUACAAAGAUGUUGACGAAACUCCCUUCGAACAGAGGAAACUAGUGUUCGAAAAUUACCACAAUUAUAAUACUGUGCAGAAGUACUUACAAGGAGGUGACCCCCUAUGUGAGUUCGAGUGGACGGAGUACGAGAUGGAAGUUAAAGAAGCAUGCGAAGUAGUAAAAAAAUAUUGCACAACAGGGGAUGGCAAAAUGAAGGAUAAGUUAUAUUGUGACGAUUACAAUAAAAAAUAUAAGGAUUACUGUGAACAGAAACUUUCAGAAUUAAAAUGUAACGCGGUGCAUAGCGAAAAAUCAAUAGCCCCAGCCAUAUCUGGUACCUUUGCCACAUUAGGAGGACUUGGCACUGUAGUUUUCUUUUUAUAUAAGUAUAACCUUCUACCUUCUUCGUUCCUUAACAAAUUUGGAGGCAGAAGCAGAAGAAAUAGCAAUAAAAGAAACAGAGGAAUGAGAUCGGCCGAACGCAAUUUUGGCGAACUGAGGGAAGAUGUCUCAACCUUAGGCUCUACAUUAGACGACUCCUCCACAGAAAAUUCCACAAUAGAAUCUACGGUAGAUGAUGGAACAGUACUUUCUGUUCCACCAUACGUUAGUCAUUCUAGAAGAACAAAAAAUACGCAGCAGAAAAAGAAUAUA